UUUAUGUUUAAUUUUGCCUAUGUUGGGGAGAAUUUUGUCCUCGCGAUGCUAUUUAGCUAACGACACGUUGCCAAACAGCCAUAAUUUUCUGUUAGACUCGCUCUUUUCGGCAUUAGCCUAAAUAAACCAUUGAACUUCAAGCAAUUGCAAUGUGGCGUUGUUUGAAACGUUUACAAUCAAACUACACCGUCUUUUGUGCCAAAACCUCCUGAUUGCGCACACCUGUCUCCCAGGGAAGGGCGCCGGAAGUGGCAAGUGAGGUUUGGCCGAAGACUCCGAAGUCUAUCCAGGACUGUUCUUAAAUAAACGCACUUUAUUUAUUAUGGCGAAGCCGCUUUUGAAAUAUGGUACGCGUUGUUCCCUGUCCAGAUACUUUAUGCUUGUCGCGGUUAUCGGCCUGUCAUUUACAUCAUGCUACAACUUUGAAAACGAGUCUGUUGAACCCGACGUCUCCCUUCACCAUGGUAAUAUCCUGAGCCCUUUGCUGAAGGCGUUGUCAGAGCAGAACCCUUGGGGAGAAUUCACACCGCGAGCCAAGCCUGACUCCAGAUUUGUACGUUACAUGAAGAGACUGUAUAAACUAUCCUCCAAACCCGACAAGAGUCCCGAGGCCUCUCACCUGUACAACACAGCGCGACUGAUCACACCCCGAGAGGAGUGUCUCGAGCAAAACCGAGAAUUCUUCAUGCAGGAUAUUUCCUACAGUCUGAAUCGAGUGAGGUCUCAGGAGCAGUUGCUGAAGUCAGUCCUGUUGUACUCCUUCGACCACAACCACGUCACCCCGUUCACGUCGCUCUGUUACCUGGAUGUAAAGGAGCAGAAACCCUCGAGGGAUCAGAUGUGCUCUCACCAUCUCAGCAGCACCCAGCAGUCGGUCCCGCUACUCAGCUUCCGCGUCCACACCGAGAGAAGAGUCCGUCGCCGCUGGGUGGAGGUCGACGUGACCUCCUUCCUCCAUCCUCUCAUUCAGGCCCAUAAGAAGGACAUCCAUCUCCUGAUCAACUUGACCUGCGUUGCGGAUAUGGUCCCCAGACCUGGAGGCCAGGUUCACAAGAGUCCGGUCGAGCUAACUCACAGGUCCCCGUCCCUUCUUUUGUACCUAAAUGACACCAGUGAGGUCGCAUACCAGAGAAGAGCCACGCAAGGUAGGAUGGUCGAUCUGACAUCCAACCACUGGGAUGGAAAGUCCACAGCGUGGGAGUCUGCCUCACGAAAGCGACGAGGAACCCCAAAGAGCACCAAUUUGCCGGAAACCAUGCCCAAACUCAUCCCCAUGUAUGACUUUCCAACAGAUGAAUGUGACCUGUAUGAUUUCAGAGUGAGCUUCAGUCAGCUCAAACUGGACCACUGGAUCAUAGCGCCUCAGAAGUACAAUCCGAGGUACUGUAAGGGAUUUUGUCCAAGGGCCGUGGGAUAUAUCUAUGGGUCACCAGUGCACACCAUGGUUCAGAACAUCAUUUACGAGAAGCUAGACUCCUCUGUGCCCAGACCUUCAUGUGUCCCGUCAGAGUACAACCCUUUAAGUGUUUUGACCAUUGAGAACGACGGCUCCAUUGCCUACAAGGAGUACGAGGAGAUGAUUGCUACCAAAUGCACUUGUCGAUAAGAUUAAAUUGGCUGUUGAAUCUUUUUUUUUUUUUUUUUUUUGUGAAACAUUGCUUUGUAAAACAGUGUCUUUUUUUUUUUUUGCAUUGGCCAUUCUAAUUAUGAAGAUGAUGAAAUGACUUGACCACAUGUAUCAUACAAUUUGUUUAGUUUAACAUUACUUUUUAUCUGAUUCAAUAAUUUGAAUGAAUUAUGCAAUUGAGUUGUUUUGGUGUUUUCUUAAACACGUUUUCUUUGUAAUAGUUAUAUAUGGGGGUAUUUAAUUUGUUUAAUAGAUUAUUUUUUUCUUUGAUAACCAGUUAUGUUGUUUUAAGUUCUUUUCCUUAGGUUCAUGGUCUUGUCUUGCACUUUCUAUUCCUUAAUCGUGAAUGGCAAAAUUUUUAUAUUUCUAGUUCUGGACAGAAUAUGAAAAGUGUAGUUCUAUUGUCUUAUCAGAACACUUUUACAUUAUUUUUUUAAAACCUGGGAAUUGCAGGAGGUUGUCUCAUGGGCAACCUCUCUCUUCUUGAUGUCCAGAAAAUAAGUUGCCUUAAUUGUGGGCAACUUGAUAUGUGUAUUAAAUGCUUUAAAGAAAGUAAUAGAUGAGAAUGUGUCACGUACGUAUGUAUACAAUUUAUG